AAAGAGGACGACAAUGGGCAGUGACGACCGCAAAAGAGAGCGCGAGCCCGUGCAGGCUGAAAAUGUCGAAGAAGCUCCAGCCAAACGUCGCAAACAACUCAGCGAAGAGCACUUGAAGCUCUCCAAGCUCUACGAGGAUCUAGCCGCAGAAUCUGAUGAAGUUCGAUUUGAGGCUGCCAAACAGCUCAUUGUAAAGUUCUCGCCCGAGAGCAAACCAGCUGCAAAAGAGGUGGAAACUGCCUUAACACGUUUGAUCAAGGGUCUCUGCAGCCAAAGAAAAGCCGCCAGAGUUGGAUUUUCACUCACACUUACCGAAUUGCUGCGACAAAUAUUUGGUAGCGUCAAGAUUGCAGGUCUGGAUCAUGAUGUUGCGUCGAUCAUCAAGAUGGUCGAUGAGAAGACCGAGAUUGAGGGAAACGUACCCGGACGAGCCCGACGAGACCAUCUGAUCGGAAAAUUGUUCGGGUACAAGGCCAUUAUGCAAUCUUCGAUAGUCAUUGAACCAGAGCUAUCCAUGGAAUGCUGGAACCAGCUUCUAGACCGUAUCUAUGGAAUGGCACGCGACAUACCUUGGCUGCGCGAAGAAUGCGGGAUGGUCCUUGUAGAAGCUUUGAAGAGUCUGAAAGCCCAGCCACAAUUCGAGCAGUGCGCCGAGGAGGCAAUCAAAGACCUAACUCCAUUCAAGCUUGUCAGCACGCCACAAGGUGUCGCAGUAUGGCUCACAGUUCGAGCAAGCUAUGAGAGUGUCCUGCCAGAAGGUGUCUGGCACCAGAAAGACCCUCUGUCAAGAAAGGAGCGAUCGCGCUUAGCGAAGCUUAUGAAGGAGGACUUCCACGUCGACUCUGAGAACACCAAAGAUGAGACUAUAAAAUCAGCAGCUGCGAACCCGAAUCCCACUUUUGCGUGGAACUCGGUCUUUGGCGAAAUACUGCGACGAGAUGAGGAGAGUAAGGGUAGCGCCAAAGAGCCACCCAAGGCAGAGUUCCCUCAGCUAUGGAUCGACAUUGUAGACAACAACUUGUUUUCCACUACCUCAUCCCACGAGCGUAAAUCAUGGGGCUUCAAGCUCUUCAGCAGCAUGAUCACACAAGUGCCUACAUGGGCUGUUCCUGCACUGUUCAGCCCGAACCUCAUGAGGACCGUCGUAAAUCAGAGCAAAAAGAAUGACAGGUUCCUUCACACGGCAGCACUUGCAGCUCUCAGAUCGGUGCAGUCGAAGGUUGAGCAGGACAGCAGCUCUGCACUUUCGGUUGUUGUGGCACUCACCACGAAGCAUGGUAGCGUGGACUUCGACAGGGUCACCAAGACCAAGACGCUUGAGCAACUCCUUCUUUCAACAGAUGACAGCGCGUUAAAGAAGAUUGUGCGUCAUCUGAAGUCCGUGAUCCUUAGACCAGAGACCGAGGAGCAGAGCGUUGCGGACAGUCGUCGACAGAUCAUCGCCGAUCUUCUCAUCAGUACAGUGAAGCAGUUCAAGCGCUACGAUGAGCUUUCAGAAGAUGUCUUCGGGGGUGACAACUGGCUCCGAAGCAUCCUUGAACUUCUGGUGGAGUAUGCAUACUUUACACCUGCUAAGGACGUGAAGACCAGCAAAGUACCUCUUCCCCCAAUCAGCGAAGCAAGCAGAACAAUGUUCCAGGAACGUCUGUCUUCGUGUCUUACCAGGUUACUUGGUGUUGAGGUCGGCUCUAAGUCCUCUUUCGCUUCGAUGAUCAUGAACAUUCUCCGAUCUAAGAAAGCAUCUUCCAAAACCCUUGAGCCGGUGUUCAAGGCGGAGCCGAAGGUUAUGGACACAGUAGAGAAAGCAUUCGAGACUAUGGACAAGAUCUCCAAAAGGGGUUCAAUCGCCGGUAACAAGAUGGCUGCCGAGGGGUUUGUCCUCCUCUACUCAUUGACACUGUUGCAAGUCUACAGCAACGAUGGUGAUGCCAUCAUGCUGCUUGACGAUCUCGAUGCUUCCCGUAAGGCGAUGGCAAAGAACCAGGAUUCAGGUGAGGGCUCCGACGCAUUUGUCGAGAUUAUCUUAUCCUUCCUUGGCAACCCGCGCACAUUGUUCCGCAAGAUUGGCGAAGAGGUCUUCUCCAUCUUUGCUUCUGAGAUCGGCUCGGAGGGAUUACAGUCGCUCGCUGAGAUCCUAGAUACCGAGGAGAACCUUGAAGGACAGAAAGUGCUAUUCAACCAAGACAACGAUGACGCUGAGGAGGCCAAAUCUGAUGACGACUCUGAUGACAACUCGGAAAUGGACUCAGACGUUGAAAUGGUAGAUUCGGACGUAGAGUUGGUCAACGGCGACGCCGAAGACUCAGAUGACGAUGCCUCGGAUUCUGACUCCUCCGAUGAAAGCAGCGAGAGCGAUGACGACGACGACGCAGAGUUGACACAGUUCAACAACCUCCUUCAAAUGACACUGGGAACUGCGAAAGCCAACAUGGACGGCGAUGGAGACGACACCUCUGAUGAAUCCGACAUGGAUGACGAACAGAUGAUGGCCCUUGAUCCCCAACUCAGCAAGAUCUUCAAGCAGCGCAGCCAGGUUACGAGCAAGAAAAAGGACCGAGAAGAUGCAAAACAAAACAUUGUCCAGUUCAAAUCAAGAGUCCUUGACCUACUGGCGAUAUAUCUGGACAAGCAGUAUUCAAACGCACUCACACUGGAGGUUCUCCUGCCUGUGCUACGCCGCACACGUGCCAGUGCAAAUAAGCAGCUUGCCGAGAAGAGCAGUAAAACGCUCAAAACAUACUUCGACACUCGCUCGAAGCACAAAGCUCCUCUGCCCAAGCCGGAAGCUGUCGAGACAGUAUGGGCAAUCUUGAAGGGUAUCCACGAGGAAGCAAAGAACGGCGGUGGCGCCAAAGCUCACGCAGAUGUGUGCAGUAGUGCCAGCUUGCACGUCGUCAAGGUACUCGUCGGUCUUGACAAGGCGAACUACACUGGUGUCGUUGAUGUGUAUGCCGAGACACAGAAGCAGUGGUUCGCGGAUAAAAAGUCGCCUCUUCAGCCAACGUUGUUCAUCCAGUUCCAGAAUUGGUCGAUGAACGCUCAGAAACAGGGCAAGUAGAGCCAACAACAAGCAGUAGG